AUGAGUUUAAGGUUGGUAGAUCGGUUAAGAUUAGGAAAUUCGCAGUUUUUCGGGAUAGUAACAUCAGCUUGCGCAGCAGUAGGGUACGGUUUCAUACACUGCAAGCAAUUGGAAAGACAGAAAUAUCUGGCUUUAAAAUUCAAUGAUGGUAAUUAUGAAGGUAAUAUAAUUAUUAAUGAGAACAUUUCGGAGGAUCUAAAUUGGUGGAAAGUAAAUGCAGCAAUUGGAGCCAAUCCGAUCAGAACUCAGAGUUACGCGAUGGAGAUCUUCUCUGACUCUUCCUUGACGGGCUGGAGCUGCUACUGUGAUGGGGUAAAAGCGUUCAGGUUUUGGGACGAGAAUGAACAAAAGAAGCAUAUAAAUUAUCUUGAAUUAUUGGCAGCCUUUUUUGCGAUUAAAUGCUUUGCAUCUAAAUUGUCAAACUGCGAAAUUUUACUUAGACUAGACAACACUACGGCAAUCUCUUACGUCAACAGAGCAGGUGGAGUAAGAUUUCGACACCUAAGCAUGUUAUCAAAUAAGAUUUGGAAAUGGUGCGAAGAACGAGGUUUAUGGCUAAAAGCUUCUUAUAUUUCGUCUGCAGAGAACACUGAAGCCGAUAGUGCAUCACGCAAUGCAAAUUUUGAUUCGGAGUGGGAACUGUCAGGACAUGCUUUCUCAAAAAUUGAAAAACAACAGGAGUCAUCCGCUAGCGUUCCACCUUUCAUUGGUGGCAGGAAAGUUAUCAGGACGGCAUACAUAAAUAAAGGAGUUCCAGAAGAAACAGCGGAUGUCAUGGUGGGUGCCAUAACCGAGUCAACUUUAAAGCAAUACAAUUGCAGCCUGAAGCGCUGGUGGAUUUUUACACACCGCAACAACAUCAACAUGUAUAAUGCUAAAACUACAGACAUCAUUAGAUUUUUGUCAGAAGUCUUUGAGGAAGGAGCUCAAUAUAGCACAUUAAACACAGCUCGGUCUACAAUAGCAUUAAUAUCAGCUUAUGAUAUUAAUGAAGAUGGUUUAAUUACACGAUUCUUGAAAGGGGUUUUUAAAAAGAGGCCUACAAAAUCUAGGUACAACACGACGUGGGAUGUCACACCAGUUCUUGAGUACAUGGAGAAAAAACAUCCUCUGAAGGAUUUAAAAAUUAAAGAUGCGGCAGAAAAAGUUGCAACUUUACUGACACUGACAACGGGCCAAAGGCUUCAAACUUUAGCCCUAAUAAAUAUAGAUAAUAUUGAGACAUCAAAGUCUGGCAUAAAAAUAAAGAUUCCAGAUCAAAUAAAAACUACCAAGCCUGGCGGUUUUCAACCGGAACUAGUUUUGCCAUUUUUUAAGAAUAAACCAGGUCUCUGUGUAGCAUCGGCAGUCUACCUGGAUUAUACCAAGGAGCGAAGACAGAAAGAAACAAAUAAUUUGUUUCUCUCGACUAUGAAACCUUUUAAAGAGGCCUCAUCGCAGACUAUUAGCCACUGGAUCAAGGCCUUACUAGGUAAAGCAGGAGUUGAUGUCAAAAAGUUUACGGCGUACAGCACGAGACACGCUGCAGUGUCAACUGCUCAUAAGCGUGGGGUCGACAUAUCAGUUAUAAAGUCCUGCGCUGGAUGGUCUCCAAGCUCUCAGACCUUCUUUAAGUUUUACAAUCGCCCAGUAUUGGCUACAAACGACCAGUUUGCUAAGGCAAUUUUAGAAUAG